AUGAAAAAAGGUGGCCAUCGUGUAGCUAUUCCUCCAUCAUCACAGAUCAAUUCGAUUACUGUUUACAAUGUUGAAGUUAUUCGGAACACAGAAAAAACUAAAAUGCUAGAACGUAUCGGUAAAAUGGGUGGUACAUCUGUUCUUCCAGGUAUGAGUGCAUUUGUUUCCCCGACAAAAUUAUCACACGACAUUACCGAAAAUGAAUACGACUUUGUCGAAACACCCACGAUUUCGAACGUACACCAACAACAAGUAAGUAAGAAAUAGAGAGAAUAUAUCCAUUUAUUUAACUUUUAAUUUGUAAAGUUCAAUCAACAGAUGCCGCCUCAGUUUGCUCCUCCAGUUCACCUCUCUUCUUCACAACAGCAGCAUUAUACUUCAACAGCUAAACAGCAACUGCAUCCACCACAUUUUGUUGGAACUACUUCAUUGCAUCAGCAUCAUAAUCAGCAGCAGCAACAGCAGCCACAACUGCAUGUGCAAGAUUCUUAUAGUAGACCUGGUACGAAAAAACAAAGAACAGCAAAAAGCAGAAAAUGUUUUGUUUUUUGUAUGCAGAUUCAUCAAUGAGUACAGUGUCACUUUAUUCAAAUCAAAUUUUCCCAUUCAACAAUCAGUCAAGUCUUCCGCUGCAUAAUCAACCUGGUAGUUUGGAGUUUUUAUUCUUCUGUUUUGCUUAUCUCAAACAUUGGAUAAGGUUUACAAUGAACUGACGUUCGCAAGUGUCUUAUGUAAAGUGAAGAACAAAAAAUUGACCACUUUACUUUUACAACUUUUUCCUGAAGGUAGAGAUGCAACCGGUCAACAAAACUGUGACCGAUACCGGCUGAUCAUCAGCACCGGGCAGAUAAACUGUUGACCGAAUCUGACCGGCCGGUUGAUCUGCAACUUUUCUAAAAAUGUUGACCGGUAAGCGACUGGUACUCGGAUUUUCUAAGAACUCUUUUGAUGGAAAAUAUAAAUAUUUUAAGCAGAGAGAAUAAUGAAUGCAAUUAUUUUCUUUUUUAGAGCAGUACAAAAUACUACUAAAUCUACGUUUUAUCCGAUCAUAUUUUUUAAUUAUAAGCUGACCGGGUCCGGUACAGCGGUUUAACCGAUACCAAACCAAGCCCGCGCGAACAGGUCGAUUGAUAAGUCUCGACCGGAUCGGGAUCCGUCACCCGAUCAGUUUGUAUCUCUGCCUGAAGGACACCUGAAGAGUAGUAUGAAUAAAUCUAAGCAGCAUCUGCAUGGAUCAUAUAACAGUGGUAUACUCAAUUGAUAGGAGGCCAUAGAACCUGGCUUGCGACUUAUCCUUUUUAUUGUGAAUAUCUCUUACGAGGGAACUAUCCCAAGUGUUAAUCACAGAUGCUAACGAGAGGUAUCCCAAUCGAUAGAGCUCGACGAGCUGAUUCUAGUGGCAUAAAGCAUUUUUCCCAAUGUU